AUGUUUGGGAUUGAGGCGGAGAGUGAGCAGGACUCCAGCAUGCAGCAGGCAGACGAUUCCUCAGGGUUUCGGAAGGCGAGUGUUAUAACGUGUUUACAGAGGAUCAUGGGAGUUGUAGUUGUGCAAUGUGUGGCUAAGGCUCCUGUAACCUAUAUAUUCAGUGUGUUGUUUAAAGGGAUACUCACAAUACCAUAACCACUUCUGUGCUUCUCUCUGUGAGUUGGUCUGGGUGCUGUGUCCCAGGAGCCGUAACCCUAUAACUGCAAUAAUUACAUUGCCGGGUAAACUCCACCUCACUAGAAGGACUUCCGGGCCGUUCGGCGACUUCUGGUUCCCUGCGCCGGAUAUCCAUCGACCGCCAACAUUCCGUAAGAAAGGAUUGAUUCAAUGCAUUCCUAUGGGGUCGUCCAAAUGCGAUCACAGAGCCUGCUGUGCAUGCGCAUUAGCCACCCCCCGCCCCGCCAGCUGACAUUGGUGGAGGAGGAGUGAAGGCGAAGCCUGACCCAGAACCAAGGGACAUGUAUAUUUUGUGCAUUUACCACUUAAAAAAAGAACAAUCGGCCUGAAAGUUCACAGAUUACCGGUAUCAGCUCUAAAAAAAAAAUACAAUAUCGGUUGAUCUGUAGUUUAAACACAUAAUGUAGUUCUUCAGAUAAAUUCUAAAAAACUACAUUUUAUUUCAGUUUCAGUAAAUUUUAUGGACCCAGGACAUACUUGAAAACGAGAGAAAUCUCAAUGUAUCCUUCCUGGUAAAAUAUUUUAUAAAUAAAUAAAUUGUAUCUGUAUUCAAAUACAUAAACCAAUAUCCGAGCUCUAUAAACAUUGUGUUACUUUUGGCUGAUCUGUGGAUUUAGUUUACUACUAGGAUAUUUAUUAGUGCAAUUAAGCAGGUAAUUAUUGCAGUUUAUCAAAAACUGCAAUAGUUACCAUUGCAUUGUUAAAUCCCCGGUAUACUGCACCCAGACCACUUCAAUGAGCUGAAGUGGUCUAUGUGCCUAUAGUGUAACAAUUUUUACAUUUCAGGGUCAAAUUUGAUUCUGAAAGUUAACCGCCAUUUGGCUAGAGGAGCUCAGUGCCAGCGGGGAGUGCGCUUCUUGUCUCCAGUGCCCCUGUAUAAGGUACUCAGGAUUUGACGAGACAGUCAGCGUGACUUGUGGGAGCAGUUUGAGCUGCUGUAGGGACUGUAAAAAAAAAAAAAAAAAGAGUAAAAUACGCCCUUUUUUUAAUUAACCCUUUUUAUUUUAGAUUAGGUUGGAUUGCUGAAACUAAAUGCAGAGGAGAACAUUAUUCCUAAUGCUACUGUGUUCCUUUUUAAAGCAGGGACUAUUUCUCCUUUAAUGCUUUCACAGCAAUAAAGGGACACUGUAGUCACCAAAACCACUUCAGCACAUUGUCCCCCUUAGCCCUGCAAUGUAAAUCAUUGCAGUUUUAGAGACACUGCAGUAAUUACCUUGCAGAACUAAGUCAGACAGCCAGUAGAGGCAUUUCCUGGAUGGCAUUAAGGUAAUGUCUUCCUAUGGGGAACACUAUAAUACCCCCUUAAGGGAGAUGUAGCCCACAUCUGGUUUGCCUAUCAUGGCAUAUUCCUGCUGUAAAGGAACAAUACAAACCGGUAUUCAUAACGCUGGAGUGUUACUGAGUUUUAUUGCUUUGCAGCUCUGAUACACUCGUACACAGUGUAUAAUAGAAUUCAGGCCAAAAGAGCUAGUCUGUGGCUAUUUUGAUCAAGUGGGUUUUUGUUGAUUUGUUUUUUUAUUUUUCAGGUGACUGCUUUUCUAAAUAAUGUGAUUAAUGAUCAAGAAUCAGCAGAUAACGGCUAUUUCUGUAUUGUUUUGGCUUGUCAUACUGAUGUUUUUUUACUGUCACAGGAUACUGUUCACAAAUUGCUCCAACUGCACCUUAAAGAAGAUAAAGUGAGAGGUAAGCCGGCAUUGUGCUAGGUAACGGUCUUCUAGCCGACAUAGGACUCCAUUUAAUAUACUUGGAUAAGCUUUUUUUAAAUUAUUUAAUAUUUAUUUGGAUAAAACUUUAAAAUCACUUUUUUUAAAUGUAAAAAUAUCUACAUAAAAAUUUUAAAAUAUUUUUCGAAAUAUGGAAUCAUAUGAAAAGCUCAUUCAAUAAUUGAAGCCAUAGUCUGUCCCACGGUGGUGUAUUAAUCGAUUGCUGCAGUAAUGAGUUCAGAGUCUGUUUUGUCUUUGUAGUAUUUCUUUUUACUGUAGAACCCACGUGAGCUGGUCAUUGGUAGAAAUUUUACCUGCGAUGAACUAAUCAAAUUCCUGGUAAUCCACACCCAACCAAUCUAACAAGCAAGGAUUUACGUGACUCAUAGAUUAAUUUGGGCGUAGAUUAAAAGAAAUUUGAUUAAAGGGACCCUAUAGUCACCAGAAUCAUUACCUUCAGGCUUUUUGCUGUAAACACUGUCUUUUCAGAGAAAAUGCAGUGUUUACAUUACAGACUAGAGAUACCUCCACUGGCCACUCCUCAGAUGGCUGUUAGAGAUCCUUCCUGGGUCAUGGCUGCCUAAAAUGCAUCCAAACAUUCAGUAUCUCCACCUUCUGCAUGCAGAUACUGAACUUUCCUCAUAGAGAUUAAUUGAUUCAGUUCAUCUCUAUGAGGAGAAGCUGAUUGGCCAGGGCUGUGUUUGAAUUGUGCUGGCUUUGCCCCUGAUCUGCCUCUUUGUCAGUCUCAGCCAAUCCUAUGGGGAAGCAUUGUGAUUGGAUCAGGUCACCACUUCUGCUGAUGUCAGCAGGCAGGUCCGAGGCUGCAGCUGCAGAUUUAAAUACAAGUAAGAUUUUAUUGUAUUUAAGGAGGCAAGAGGGGAUCGGGAUGGGGCUAGAUGGUGUUUUUAACACUAUAGGGUCAGAAAUAUAUGUUUGUGUUCCUAACCCUAUAGUGUUCCUUUAAUUCUUUGCAGGUGAAGAAGAUUUGUGUGCAAGUCUAGUCACCAGUAGGUCUCCCAUCACCUUUGAUUUAUGUCUUGUUUAUUGGGUGUCCGUUUGUAUCCAAUGAACUGCAGGAAUGAAGUUCUGCAUUUAAUGACCGAUUUAGCUAGUGAGCACUUGCUGCACCACUGUAUUGAUUACAAUUGCACGCAAGCAUCACUCCAACCUUCUGAAAGGACAACUGGAGAACCUCAUCCCUACAUUUAGCAUAUGACAGGAUCCUUCAUCCAUAUACAGGCACAUUGGGUCUGACUGUGUUUGGAAACACUUUGUCUCUGUGGUCUUCCUUGCUUAACCCCUUAAGGACGGGGGACGUGCUAUGCCGUCCUUGGGGAUCUGGCUCUAAACGCCGGGGGGCGGCAUAGCACGUCCCCGCCGUCCUAUGUACUUACCCGGUCGCCGGCGACCCCACGCCAGCGAUCGCGGUAUGGGGACUCUCCUGGCAUCUCAGGGAGUCCCUCUCCGUCCUCCCUGGGCCAUGUGAUCGUGAGGUCCUUGUGAGGACCUCGCAAUCACAUGGACGGCAUAGCCGUCCACAGCAAUGCAAGCAGGUGGAGUGCCUCCCCCUGCUGUCUGAAAAAAAAAAAAAAGUGUUUAAAACAGUGUAAAAAUAAAAUAAUAUAUACUUAGAUCAUAUACAUAUAUAUAUAUAUAUAUAUAUAUAUAUAUAUAUAUAUAUAUAUAUAUAUAUAUAUACACACACACACACACACACACACACACACACACACAGUCUAAGUGUAUUUUAAUAUUAAUAUAUAUUAAUAUCAAAAUACAUGUACAAUGAUAUUGAUUAAAUAUACAUUUAUUUUAUAUUAUAAUUAUAUAUAUGUAAAUACGUAAAAAAAUAAUAAUAAAGGGGGCGGGGCCUAGCUUCCUAGCAGAGUGGACGUGCUGCACGAUAGCUCCUGCAAGCCAGCCACUAAAACUGGGGAUAUACCCCAAAUCAUCGCACGUACACUGCUGGGAAGGUGACUACAGAGUGGGGGACUACACUGUAAGCAGAACGGAGCUGACAGGGGAGCUGCACGGAGGAGAUGGGAGCUGACAGGAGCUGCAGGAAGGUAAGUAACAGCUCGCUGUCAGCCCCCAACAGGACCGUCGGGCUUGUAACGAGCCUGGCGGUCCUGGUCUGUAUUAUGGCAAAGUUGCCAUAAUACAGACCUUGACUAGAGUAUAAGCCAAAAAAUGUGCUGAAAAACUCGGCUUAUACUCUAAUAUAUACGGUAAGUGUUAAAUACACAAAAUAUACAUGCCAGUCAGAUUUUUUUUAUGUUUUCAAGAAUAUUUGUGUGUGUAGUUGAUGCAGUGAGAGUAUUUAAUUAGUAAAUGCAGUGUGUGUGUGUGUUUUGGGUAGUGGAAUCAGUGUGUUUGUAAAUAUGUGCGGUAGUAACUCCUCCUCCCAUUCCCCUUAAUGUUCCUCUUCCUUAUCUUUUAGUGCCCCCCCACCCCAGUGUUCCUUUUCCCUUCCUUGUACCUUGGUUCUCCCAUACUGUUCUCCCCCUCCCCCCCCAAACCAUAAUGUUCUCCCCUCCCCUGUCCCAUAGUGUUUUUUCCUCCCUCUCUCCUGUCCCAUAGUGUUCUUUCCUACCCCUACCCUGUCCCAUAGUGUUCUUUCCUUCCCCUCCCCCCUGUCCCAUAGUGUUCUUUCCUUCCCCUCCCUCCCCUGUCCCAUAGUGUUCUUUCCUUUCCCUCCCUCCCUCCCCUGUCCCACAGUGUGCUUUCCUUCCCCCUCCCUCCCCUGUCCCAUAGUGUGCUUUCCUUCUCCCUCCUUCCCCUGUCCCAUAGUGUGCUUUCCUUCCACCACCUUCCCCUGUCCCAUAGUGUGCUUUCCUUCCCCUGUCCCAAAGUGUGCUUUCCUUCCCCCCCCUCUCCCAAAGUGUAACUUCCCCCUGUCUUGUCUUCUGGGUUAAGGGAGAAUCAGUCUCCUUUACCUGGCCAGACUGACAGGAAGUGCUCUCUCAGUGAGCACUUCCUUUCAGUCCAGCCGGGUACAGGAAACAUAAUUUCCUGUACCACGGUGCGCACUGCUCUGCUCGGCCAUGCUACCAGAGUGCUUGGCAGGAAGGAGCGCUGUGCGCCCACCUCCUGCUGGUCUCUCCAAUCUAGCGCCCCCUGGGCCAUUGCGCCCUAAGGCGCUUCUUGUGCCUUAUCGGUAUUACUGGUGAUUAUCGGCCGAUGCUUAUUAAAAAAACAAAACAAAAAAAAAACAUUAAAAAUAAAAAAGAAUUGGGAAUAUCGUACGAUCCUUAGUUUAAACGUUAUGCAAUUGUGUAGAUUGGAGAUGUCAAACUGCAACUCUUGUUUAACUCCAACCUAUACAGGUUUCUGCUAAAAACAAUGUUUGUAAUAGUCAUGGCAGAGGUGACCUUAUAUCAAUCACCGCACUUUAACAACUGUCCUCUUUUCAGUCAGUGCAGAUGCAUUGGUUCUUAUUACGGAGAUGCUGAACGUUUUUGUGCAAGGUAAGUAAAUCAGUAUGUCCUAUCCUAGAAUGCAGGCACCUGAUACAGAAUACUGCUCAAUACUAAACCAAGUCUGAUAUAUCACUCUGUCCAAAACUAACUAUGACUAACGGUAAUCCUUCAGGGCAGCAAGGGUACAUGGAAAAUAUACAGAUUCUCAUGGUGAGCUUCCUACAAAUGCUAUUUUUAUUAUUUAUGUAAAAAAAUAAAAAUCUGUUACUGGUAAAUGGCUGUGUAUAAGUUAAAUGCUACAAAGGGGGGUUGCCUUUAACCCUUUUAAAGGGUACCUCAACCACUUCAGUGAUCUGAAGUGGUCAUUGUGAUAUGAGUCUGUAUGUGUAGUGUUUCAGCUUGAACCACUGCACAUACAUAGUUACUGUUUAUUGUGUGCUGGUGGCUAGUUGCACCCUCAGCACAAGUGACUUGGGCAGCCCAAAGCUCUUUUUUCAGGAUUGUCAUUUCUGAGCAUAAAAAAAACUAAAUUAAUUUAGUCAGCGCACACUGCCAACAGACAUAAAAAUCUGUCUUCAAGGGGAUCAUCAUUACCCACGUCCACCGACUGUGUGCUCCCUUUCACCUCCUUCUCUUGUACACAGUAUUAAAAAUAGAAAACUCCCCCAUGGGUCUGAGACUUUCCAGAACCUGAAGCAAUUGUGUAAGCUUAUUUUUGGUCUUUAAAUUUUGCAGGCAUGGCCUCAAACCCCACUGCCCAUCAGUCUGUUUUGUGAGACUGUGCUUUACUGUAUUUAGCACAACAGACUGUAUUUCUCCCAGGAUAGUGUAGGUUAGCUGUUUUCCGUAUUACUAACUUCAUCCAGUAGAGGGCACAUGGAACCCUGAAUAGGAACAGUCUCCGAUGCAGGCUGUAGUAACUGUCUGUAUCAUUCCCUGUGCUACUUCAAUCAUGCAUGGUUAGGGUGGGAUAAAGGAACUGUGUGAACCUAUUGUACAGCUAAUGCUGGAAUCAUUAAAAUAGUCUAAGGACAUAAAUGCAUUUUUUAAUAAACAAACUACCAUUACAAGGUACCUGUUAAAUCUGUGUGCCGCGGUUUUGUGGCUGAAGAACAACAGAUUAGCAGGUUGUCUUACGAUUAUUAAAAAUGUGUUCUCUAAUAAGUUUUAGAGAAUAUACAUCCUACAUGGCUAUUUUAAUAUGUUGGCGCUUCAUGCAGGGAUAGCUUGCCACAGCCAGUCUACCUCUGGAGUACUACGCUACUGCAUGGGGUUGGCCAGUAGAAUGUUAAAUGGACCAUAGUUCAGCACAGCUGGAGGGCCAAAGGUUAAACGUUACUACAGGUGGUGGCUGUUAGCAAUAUGCUGCUGUGCAGGUGUACCAAUUAAAAGCGUAUUACAUUUCACAGAUCACUGGGGUCAUGGUGAGUCACAUACUUCACUCAAUAUGUGCUCGCUUUACACUAAGGGGCACAGCACCACCUGAUAACACAGGCACCCCAGAUGUUGAUGAGUGUCAUAAGAAAUAGUCCAGAAACAUCUAGGGUAACUUCUCUAAAAAGAGUUAGAACAGGAACCUCAAGUCUUGCCUGAUUAUUGCCUACAACUUCCAGAAUUCUUUGAAUGGAAUAGAUGGUCAGAGAAUCAUGGGAAUUGUAGUUCAGCAAAUUGUGGGGGGGUAUAACCAUGUUAGAAUCACAGUCCUCGCUCUUGGGUUAAAUUCGGGGUAUACCUGGUCACGCACUGACAUUUGCUUUUCCUUUGUCUUGAAGAAGCAGCUGCGAGAGCUGCGCGGCAAGCAAAAGGAGAAGAGCUAGCAGUGGUUGACAUAGAACAUGUAGAGAAAAUCCUACCCCAGUUGGUAAGUUAUAUUGCCCACCCAUCACCCAUACCAUUUCCUUAAAGCCUCGAGCAGCUACCACUUACCAACCCUCUCACUUUUUGUUAGCUGUUGGAUUUCUAG